CACGACAAAAAAAAAAAGCUUGAUCUCACAAUUUUAUCUUUUCUAAAUUCCGAAACUUUUCUUUUCUCUGAUACUUUGUUUCAAGAAUGGCUCCAAACGCAGAGAAGAAGCCGGCAGAGAAGAAACCAGUGGAGGAGAAAUCAAAAGCCGAGAAAGCACCGGCGGAGAAGAAACCAAAAGCCGGCAAGAAACUCCCGAAAGAAGCCGGAGCUGGAGGCGACAAGAAGAAGAAGAUGAAGAAGAAGAGCGUCGAGACGUACAAGAUCUACAUCUUCAAGGUUCUGAAACAAGUUCAUCCCGAUAUUGGUAUUUCGAGCAAAGCUAUGGGGAUUAUGAACAGUUUCAUCAACGAUAUCUUCGAGAAGCUUGCUUCGGAGUCGUCUAAGCUCGCUAGGUACAACAAGAAGCCUACGAUUACUUCUCGGGAGAUUCAGACUGCUGUGAGACUUGUUCUCCCUGGUGAGCUCGCUAAACACGCUGUUUCUGAAGGAACCAAGGCUGUUACCAAAUUCACCAGUUCUUGAAUUGUGUGGAUCUAUCUUGUUGGAAUCGAUGACUUGGUCUUUUAAGGUGUUUGUAAAAUUAGGGUUUUGACUAUUAGAAUUUGUGUAAUUCGAUUUCUGUUUCGUGAUCUUUUGGGUUUUCUUAUUGCGAUGUAAUAUCAAACUAAGAUCCAAUCACUCUCUAUAAUCAAAUACUAAAUCUUUCUUCUGAAA